CGAUGUGGUGGACUAGAACCAUGCAAUAAAUUCCUCUCUUUUGCACAGAGAAAUGACCACAUAAACACACAAUUCCCCUCCAUCACUUCCCAUUUUAUUGUACCCACAAUAAAACACACACACUCUCUCUCUCUCUUCUCUUAUCUUCUCUUCUUCGCUGAGCAAAAAGAAAGUAACCCAAAAGAAAGGAAAAAGAGAAACAAAGAUCAUAUAUAGAGGGGGAGAGAGGAUAUAUUACAUGGAGAAAGGAGAAGAGAGAGUUGCGCUUCUAAAUGGAGAAAGAAAAGAGUUGGAGUUGGAGAGGGGGGUGGGGUUGGGGAGGAGAGUAUGGGAGGAGUCAAAGCAGCUGUGGAGGAUUGUUGCACCAGCCAUAUUUAGCAGGGUGGUCACGUACAGCAUGAAUGUGAUCACGCAGGCCUUCGCCGGCCACCUCGGCGAGCUCGAGCUCGCCUCCAUCUCCAUCGCCAACACCGUCGUCGUCGGCUUCAACUUCGGCCUCAUGCUGGGCAUGGCGAGCGCGCUGGAGACACUGUGCGGGCAAGCGUUCGGCGCGAAGAAAUACCACAUGCUGGGGGUGUACAUGCAGCGUUCGUGGAUCGUGCUGUUCCUGUGCGCGGUGGUGCUCCUGCCCAUGUACUUCUUCGCCACCCCGAUCCUCCGCCUGCUGGGGCAGCCCCCCGAAUUGGCGGCGCAGGCCGGGGACGUGUCGAUGUGGCUCAUCCCCCUCCACUUCUCCUUCGCCUUCCUCUUCCCCCUGCAGCGCUUCCUGCAGUGCCAGCUCAAGAACGCCGUCAACGCCGUCAUCUCCGCCGUCGCGCUCGUCGUGCACGUCUUCGUCACGUGGCUCUUCGUGUCGCGCAUGCAGCUCGGCCUCGUCGGCACCGCCGCCACCCUCAACUUCUCCUGGUGGGUCGCCGCCUUCCUGCAGUUCGCCUACGUCGCCUGCGGUGGCUGCCCCGACACCUGGAAGGGCUUCUCCCUUGAGGCCUUCGCCGGCCUCUGGGAGUUCCUCAAGCUCUCCGCAGCUUCCGGUGUUAUGUUAUGUUUGGAGAACUGGUACUAUAGAAUACUUAUCUUGUUGACGGGGAACUUGAAGAACGCCGAGAUAGCUGUGGAUGCCCUUUCCGUAUGUAUGAGCAUAAAUGGAUGGGAGCUGAUGAUUCCUUUGGCCUUCUUCGCUGGUACAGGAGUCCGAGUUGCCAACGAACUUGGUGCGGGGAAUGGAAAGGGCGCCCGAUUUGCGACGAUAGUUUCCGUGGUAACUUCAAUUAUAAUAGGCCUCUUCUUCUGCGUCUUGAUCAUGAGUCUCCACGACAAGUUCGCGCUAAUCUUCACGUCAAGUGAAGUAGUAUUAGAAGCAGUCGAUAAGCUUUCUAUUCUAUUGGCUUUCACUAUCCUCCUAAACAGCAUACAACCUGUUCUAUCCGGUGUAGCUGUGGGGUCUGGGUGGCAAGCUUUGGUGGCUUAUGUUAACAUUGGGUCAUACUAUCUCAUUGGAAUUCCUUUGGGAGUUCUUAUGGGAUGGCUCUUCCAUUUGGGGGUUUUGGGUAUAUGGGCCGGAAUGAUUGGUGGAACUGCAGUUCAAACAUUAAUACUCGCAUAUCUAACGAUCCGGUGUGAUUGGGAUAAGGAGGCUAUGAAAGCAAGCACAAGGAUGGAGAAACAGGCCGAGCUGAAGUGAAAAAUGCAGCAUUUGUUUAUCCAUAUAAUGAACCAACAAAUGAUUCACUUAAUCAAAGUUUGGUUCACAUUAUUGUUGUCGACGAAUUAGAAGUAGAGAAGUGACGUAUCGCUUGCUUGAACCAAAUAUAGUUCAAGCCUUAAAUUUGAUUUUCCCCCUCCUUUUAUGGUUAUGUAGAUAAUUUCAGAUCAGAUAUACAUAUUCCUUAUUUCUUCCUUUGUCAUUUUUAAUGAAUAAUUAUUAACUAAUAGAUCAGUUA